UACUAGGUGAUUUUUUUUAUAUUUUGACUUUUUAUUAUAUUACAGACAAUUUUUACACUUUGCAAGUGAUUCACACUGUGAUAUAUUUUUAUAAUAUAGAUUCUCGCUAUAGCUUUGAAUAUAUACGUGCGACCGCAAUUUUUUUUACUCCUCAAUGCUAUUUAUAUUUUUAUUUAACAAUUCAUAGUAUCCUUGAUACAUUCUUGCAUGCGUUAAGCGGGAACAGAUUUCACUGUAAGAAAAUAUACAAAUGCAAUAUUAUUAUUAUUGGCUAUAUCAGGAGUGUUAGAGAAAUAGAGAUAGAGAAAGAGAAAGAUUGCUGCGUUGCACACUCAAGGGCAGAAAUGGUGUCGCUCGGCAGUUUGGUGUAUGUAUACGUGUAUGAUCUAUAAUCUAUAUGACAAUCGAAACCGUCACGCGAAGGACACAUGUGUGUGUGUGUAUCUUAAGAGCAGAGAUCGAGUAGCGAGGGAGAAAGUAAUGGAGCGCAUUCUGAUAUUGCAUCCUUAUUGCAAGUAAUAUGAUCGAGAGAAAAAGCAAUGCAAAUGCAAGACGUGAUGCCAAUUAAUGCAGUCCUGUCUCACUCACUUCAAUUGAAUACAAGUAGUGCGAAUGAGACAAUUAUAGGACAUUGCGCUGGCUAGAUACCGCUUUCGACUAUCAUAUAGUUUACAUCUAGCCACCUGAUGGGGAUACUAUUCCUGCCCUUGAGUAUUACAAUUCGGCACCUAUACUCAACGUGAGCGGACUCGGACUGCGAAUCGGUCUGACACUGUUCGUUGAGGAUAUUCUACGGCAGUUCUUUCUUCCAAAUUUCCGAUUCUACAGAUCCGGAUGCAGGUAUCCACGCUGUCCACGUGAGAGCAAACGUGAAAAGUUAAUACGGUUCGGAAAUGCGAGUGGAACCAAUUUAUGAAGAAGAGCCAGUGCAUUGGAGGGAGAUGUCCUUGAUUGCCGCGGCUGGUGUUAUGAAAGGUAUAAAGGAAACCACCGUCGUUGUCACAGACCCAGACCGUGAUCCGUUCGAGCUCAGCCGAGUCAUGCCCGCCAACGAGGGCACCGCCAAUUUCGCGCUGGCACGGAACAAGCUCGAAAAGACGAAUCUUCUUGCGGGCUCUCUGUCUAAGAUGCCAGGAUCGGAUGAUUCAUCCAUGAAUUCUUCCGCGAAUUUGAUUCUCUCGAAUUUUACCGCAUCAACGGAGGAACGAAAGGGAGUCGAAAAGGGAGAUUUUCGCAGUAUACCGUGUCGGAACAUUCACGAGAAGCUGUUCAGGAAUUUUUUCGAGCUAGUGUUGCAACGAGCGGUGUUUCAGUCCACUUCCAGGGAGGAUCGCGUGGUCGAGUGGGUUGAUCCUAACAAUUUACGAUCUGUGAUCGAUCUUUCGCUACCAACCGAAGGAGUUAGCCACGAGGAUCUGUUGAUGUUAACGCGCGAUAUUAUCAAGUACAGCGUGAAGACAGGCCAUCCGCACUUCGUGAACCAGCUGUUUUCCAGUCUGGAUCCAUAUGGACUGUUGGGUCAAUGGCUCACUGACGCGCUCAAUCCGUCCGUCUAUACCUAUGAAGUAUCUCCGGUGUUUUCCCUGAUGGAGGAGGACGUGUUGCGAGAGAUGCGCGCCAUUAUUGGCUGGCAGGAUGGCGAGGGACUCUUUUGUCCUGGUGGUUCUAUGGCAAAUGGAUAUGCUAUUAACUUGGCACGUCAUCAUAGAUAUCCGAAUCUGAAGCAAUCCGGUUUAUGGCAAAUGCCGCGAUUGGUAGUGUUCACGUCGGAGGAUGCACACUAUUCCGUGAAGAAGCUCGCUGCUUUUCUGGGUAUCGGUUACGACAAUGUUUACCUGGUCAAGGUUGAUUCCCGAGGCAAGAUGAUGAUCACCGAUCUGCAGGCUCAGAUCGCCCGAGCCGUCGAGGAGGGUGCCGUACCACUCAUGGUAUCCGCCACUGCGGGCACUACUGUAAUGGGCGCCUUCGAUCCCCUCAAGAAAAUUGCCGAAGUUUGCAGAAAGCACGCACUGUGGUUUCACGUGGACGCAGCGUGGGGUGGUGGCGCUCUCGUCUCCAGGAUGCAUCGCGGCCUUCUGGAUGGCAUCCAGCUCGCCGAUUCUGUCACUUGGAAUCCCCAUAAAUUGCUCGCCGCGCCACAGCAGUGUUCCACUCUGCUGCUCCGUCACGAAGGUUUGUUACAAGCGGCGCAUGGCUGCGGCGCGAGCUACCUCUUUCAGAAUGACAAGUUCUAUGAUGCGGCAUUCGACUGCGGCGACCGUCACGUACAGUGCGGACGCCGCGCCGAUGUCGUCAAGUUCUGGUACAUGUGGAAGGCAAAGGGUACGAGUGGUCUCGAAGCCCACGUCGACCGUGUGUUUGCGCUGUCGCGUUAUUUCACUGAUCUCAUCAGGAUGCGUGAUGGCUGGCGUUUGCUCGCCGAGCCAGAGUGCACCAAUGUUUGCUUCCGCUACGUCCCGCCGUCGAAAAGACACUUGACUGGCCGUGAACUCGAUCAGGCACUGCAUAAGAUUGCGCCAAUGAUCAAGGAGCGCAUGGUACGAGCGGGAACGAUGCUGAUUACGUAUCAGACGUUGAGAGAUAUGCCAAAUUUCUUCAGACUGGUAUUGCAGAACUCAGGAUUGACAGAGGCCGACAUGAAAUUUUUCGUCGAAGAAAUAGAAAGGCUCGCUGUGGAUCUUUAAUCGACUUAAAUUGCAGAUACUGUAAAUAGCGGUAAAAUGUGUACAUCUUGUCUAUUUUAUUAGUAUAAAAAAUAGUUGCAUUUGUAAUAAAUCGUUAAUGUGAUACUUAAAAAAAUGAUGAGUGUAUAAAAAUGUUUCUCUUUAUUAAAUUUAUCCUUAUUUAUUUACUAUAUCUUUUUAACAGAAUUUCUUUAUUUUUUUCUUUCAAUUUCCAUUCAUAUCUGCACAUGUAUAAAUUGAAAAUACAUUCGCAAUCAGAGAAUUUUGAAAGUGACAAGAUGAAAAAAUCACAGGGAUGCACCAUCAUUUUUUUCUAUAAUUAACAAAGAAAAUAAUAGCAGACAGCACAAAAGAAAAAAUUUUGUUUAUGCUGAUAAGAAACCCUAUAAGAAUCGUAGAGAAUAAAAUGUAGAAACCUGAUUGUAAUAUACAUAUAUAACAUUUAA